AUGAAACCAAAUCGCUAUGGAGAUGGGUAUAUCAACCGAAAAGGGAAACCUACUUUAACUGUGCAAGCCACUUGUGAUGCCAGAGAGAUGUUCACAAGUGUUGAUGUCAGUUGGCCUGGAUCAGAGCAUGAUUCCAGAAUAUGGAGAAAUUCACAGACUAGAUCACAACCAAUAAAUAAAGCAAAUGUUGUACUACUUGACGAUGACGGUUAA